AUGGCCAGCAAGCACCACCCCAACUUGGUGCGCCUGCUGGGAUUCUGUGUGAACUUUGACCCGGCUACAACUCUCGUGGAGCAAGUACUCGUUUUCGGUGUGGUGAUGCUGGUGGUCAUCUCGGCACGCAAGGCCGUGCAUGUGGGCGAGGCAAGCCAGAUCAGCCUAAAGCAAUGGAUUGCCCCAUUCGUGGAGUCAGAUGCCGUGGCGGUAUUCAAGGACCCCUACCUGGACGCACCAGACGACUUGGCGCUGCGCUGGGCUCGCCUUGCCCUCUCCUGCACUGCCAUGCCUGUGGCCUCCCACCCCUCCAUGAAUCAAGUGCUGGGAGAGCUGGUGAAGCUGAAGCAGGAAGCCUUCGGAGCACAUGUGAGCGAGGCCAUAUCUCGCAUCGACAUGGAGAUUGGGAGUUCCAUUGGCUCCUCUGGCUUCACUGCUGAAAUGGCCCGUGCAGAGCGCGAGGGCAUGCAGAGUGACUCCGCGGCCAGCAUGUCAUAG